AUGCAGGUGACCGAUCUUGCUCAUCUACGUCGAGAGUACACCUGCUUGAGCUACGUUUGGGGUGAUGAGCCUGCGGACCAUUCCAUCAAAAUCAAUGGCAUUACCGUAGGCAUUCGCACAAACUUGCUGGACUUCCUGAGAGUUGCAGUGAGUCGAUAUGCUUCACAAUGGCUGUGGAUAGACGCGCUUUGCAUCGAUCAGAAUUGCCCUCUUGAACGCAAUCACCAAGUUCGACAGAUGGCCCAAAUUUACUCACGUGCCGCUCGGGUGCUAGCGUGGUUGGGGAGGGGCUCCGGAAGGGCGAUGGACCAGGCGCCAUACUGGAAUCGCAUGUGGAUCAAGCAAGAACUUAUGCUGAACCGUAAUGUUCUUCUGCUUUAUGGUCUAGAGUCAAUUUCACUGCAAAAUUUCAUCACGAACCUUGUACAUGGGAACUCACGGCUCCGAGAUGCAAAUCCGCGACCACAGAACAAACCUGCUGACAAUCCUAUGCAAAAUACGCGAAGAUUCGAGGAGGCUGUCGUGCACGUGCCAGGCAUGUCACCAGCAGAGGGGACAUGUCUGUUGGUUCAGGAUUUCCAACGCUCAAAGAGUUACCCGCUGACAAAGCUGGUCUUCUGGUUCAUGGAUGCAGGCUGCAAGGACCCGCGGGACAAAGUGUACGCCCUGGUGGCUCUCGCUAGCGAUGCGCUCGAAGACUUUGUUGACUACCAGAGAUCGGUUGUUGGUGUCUACUGCAAGACUUUGACAAUGUGGCACGACAAGACUGCAGCACUAUGGGAUAUUGUUAGCUUCGCAGUCGAUUUGGCGGAUAACAUGUGCCUCAAGUCCACAGCACUUUACACUCAGCCACGAUACACAACUUGUAUCCACGAAGUCAAAUUGAUAACUGUGGGAGCAAUAGAUGCGUGCAAGCAACCUCUCAGGUUCCAUGUGCACACUACUUGGUCUAAGCUUAGGGAACAGCUGAGUCAGAGUUCAAAUCUCACCAACAGCCUCACAUCCUACUUUGACGACAGAAGCGAGUCGCAGUCCAUCGGAACUAGAAACGGAACCCAAUUUCUGGUCUUCAUUGACGCUCGUGAUGAGAUCAUUAAUCGCAGUGACGAUGAUCAUGCCGAUCGCACAAUCUUCAUCGCACGCCAAACGCAGGGAUCGCUGAAGCACAUCUGCUUUGGGUUCAAACCGAUAUGGUACAGUCACGACUCAAACAAUUUGGAGUAUUCGAGAUUUCAGCGUCGCGCCGAACGUUUCUCAUAUCCAACCAAAGGGAACUAUACUUUUGUUAGGCUCUUACCGACGAUGUGGCUGGAAUAUUGGCCAUGGUGGGUGCUAUCCGAGCCCAACGGGAAGGCAAAUUGCCAGCGCUCCGUGGUUCUGCUGGGGUUCUCCCACACGGACCUCAACAUGGUGCAUCGUAUAAUGAUUCAGAUGACAGUAUGGAUGAGAAAAGUCAUAUUACAUUUCAUGGAAUUCCGGAACCAGUGCGACGUGCUGGUCCGAGUCAACAACACAAUGCAUCUGACAGCACCUUCGAAUGCCGCAGACCUCUUGACCUUCACAACAAGCACCAUCACACACAACCACAGGAUAGGAGGUCGGAGACAGCAGCGUUAG